ACUCCCUUUUGGUACCACAUACACACUGCACGCGGUCUCGUACACCUCACGAUAUCUAUCAGUUUGACGGAUAAAGAUUAAAGUAUAGAUAUGACGCGGGAGAAGCCACCCCUGCUGUUUCGGUGGGCAAAUCGGUGAAUUCGUGCAAUGCGCACCAGAAGUUAAGCUUCAGUGAUCCGGUACUGUUCGUUCAGUCGUGUUCGGACCGUACAACCGUCCAUCCGUCCAACAUUGCAGUAGUGUGCCCGUGCUCACUGUGAAAGAAUCCCGUUCCAAAAUAAAAAAAAAAUGGCCGGAUUCUUAAAGCAGUUUUCCUGCAUUCUGUGCAGUAUGAUGCUUCUGUUCUGCGGAGGUAUGCACAUCGGUUGGAGCAUAACGCACUUUAACAUGAGCGGCAACCAAUGGGCGGUCGGCAUCUCGGUGGACGAGUAUCGCUUUGCCAUACUGUCCUUCUUUACCGGCUGUGGCUUUAUCCUACUGAUUGUGGCAGCCACGAAAACGCUACUGCCGACACGCGUCUGGAUUAUGCUGUCGGCGUUCUUUUUCAUGAUCAAUGGUGUGUUUUUCGUCGCCAUGCCUACCUACUAUGCAGCAACAGUGGCUACACGGAUUGUAGCAGGCUUUGGACAUGGCAUCUGUCACGCGGUUUCGAUAAUCUACGUAGGCGAGAUUGCUUCACGGAACUAUCGUGGCAAACUUGUUGCUAUGCUAGUGUCUAGCAUAAUUGGUGGCAUCGCACUGUUUACCGUCCUGUCCAUGGUAACGACCAAUCCGAUUUUCAUCGUGGAACCAAAUAUGCAUGCAAACCGUGCCGUCGGUAUCGUCAUCCUAUCGCUCAGCACCUUCGCCCUGCUGAUGGCCUGGUUCCUGGUGAUUGAAUCUCCCCUGUAUACGCUCACAACAUCCGGCAACGAAACGCUGGCCCGUACCAACUUGAUCAAACUUCGUGGCCUAUCGAUGGAAUCACCCUCCGUAAUGGACGAGUUUGAGGAUAUGAAGACGCUCGCUUCGGAAAGUGAAAGCCUGUCACCGUUCUUCCUUAGCCAAGGCAAUUUCCCACCAUUCCAGCUGGUGCUGCUGGUAAAGUUAGCCAAUCUGCUGUUCUUCAAUUACUCCAUGAACACUGCCAAGAUGUCGCUAAUGUCGCUCAUGUUUACGCUGACGCUGUUUACACACAACUGGGCGCCUCCAUUGUUGAUGUUGAGCAAAUUUGCUGGUUCAGUGUUUGCUAUACUGAUCAUUGAUCUGUUACCGCGACGGUUCAUGUAUGGCAUUUCGUCCACCUUCACCGGUACGUUUAUGCUCGCGCUCGGUAUUAUACUGGCAACGUACGACGUAGUGGAUUCCUGGAUACCUCCAUUCCUCUACCUGGUGGCCGAAGUUUUCAACACCUUUGGUAUGUUGCCUGUGUCGGAAAUUAUGCUUUCGGAAGCCUUCCCACCGAAAAAGCGUGCCCUUUCCGUGUCGUCCAUACUGAUUUGCGAGUACGUCGGUCACAUGGUGGUGUACAUCAUCUACUUCAACGUACCAAGCACGCUUACGAACACCUACAUCAAGACGCUCGUAUUUUCGGGUGUGAUUUUGCUCAAGUGUGUCAUCGCGGUACUGACGAUACCGGACACACGGAACAAAUAUCCUCGGGAAGCUGUUCACAUGUAUAUGCACAAGAAAAAAUAAAACUAGACAAUGUCGUAAACAAUAUGCAAC